AUGCCGAGCUUUGCUUCAGGUCUCUACGCUGCGGUGGCUCUCGGCUAUCUGGGGCCCGUGGCUCCCAGCGAACGGCCGUCCUGGGAAAAGUCUGGCUUCAGCUUCUCGGACCAGGUGCAUCAUCAGUGGGAGGUGGGCUCGCACACUUCACGAAGCGAUGUGGACGUGGAAGACCCCGGCAACUCCUUGGACCUGGCAGAUAUCGAAAAUCGGAUGUCCACGCAUCGCACGGAAAUGGAAGAAAUGGAAGAGGAAUCGGAGUCGAAUUCUCCGUGGACUUUGGCCAGCUUCCUCUUUGACGAGGUCUCCGAGCACGAGUGGAACGCCCAGGGCUUGCCGGGUGGUUUGUCCACCAGCGCGGCUCUGGCAUUGAGAGUCCAAAGCACUCCCGUUCUCCUGGACCCACACGAGCAGGCCUGCAAGUGGCUCCGCAAACAGACGGCCUCCCUGACAGUCACGCACGCUGCAAGCCCAAGGCUGAACCAGGCCCUUGCCGCUUGCCUCCGCGAAGGCAAGCCCCUACUCGUUCUGGGUUGCAGCUCGGAGCUCUCACCGAGCAUUCUAACUUACCUGAAGACUGGGCAGGAGCCGAGCAAGGCACACACGUGUUCUUGCUUGCUUUUUGCCAUCUGCACCUGCACUUGUGGACUUGUGGAGGAUGCGAAGAAGGAGGUUUCGGUUUCGAUUACAAGGGAGCUGAAGCGGCCAGGGAGGGCAAACAGGGACAGGGCUGAGUCCGCAGCAGACUCCGAGGAUGCUAAGUCAGAGGCAGAGUCCCUGGCGGACGUCCAAGUGGAGGAAAUGGAAGAUCACGGACCGGAAAUUGGAAAUGCUGAAUUUCGUUUGUUUUUGGUGGCUUCGUUGAAGCGGUUGGACCUAUCUUCAAGCCUCCGUGUCAAAACGGCGGUGGUGAAUUUCACGACAGACCAGAACAGUUUGGAGGAUCAUUUUUUGAUUCGUCUUUCGCAGGAAAGGGAGACCACCGAGCUCACAAACUUCGUGCAGAAUCAGCGAGAUUUCCUGAUGCUAGAGGACCAGUUGCUCUCUCAGCUUACGGACAGCGAAACUGGACUGCUGGUCGUCGACACCCUUGCGACCGUGGCCACCUCUGCCGGUCGCCUCCAGGAGCUGCGGGAGACUCUGGCCGAGAUGAUGCUGGUCUUACGGGCGCAGCUGGAGAAGAACCGCUCAGUGUAUGGUGACCUCGCUGAGCGCUGUGCUGCCCUCUUCACGUCCCUAGACUCUCUUGCAGACGCCUGCGGCCUGCCCUUCCUGUGCUCCUUAGCAGACACGGGCGAGUCCGCCAGCGCUGCCUGCCAAGCGCUGCUGAAGCAGCAGACCUUGGUGGCCUUUGGCCAGGACACAUUUCUUUCCACGAUGGCCUCAAUGGUGGUCCUGACGAGCAGCAGUUUGUGGGCCGUUGCCUCGCGUAUUUUGCGGCGCUUCGCUGGGAGCUUCUUCCGAAGCCAACGAAAUCUCCUCCUGGUCCACACGGCACUUCAAAUUGAUCCACAGGAGCCUCCUUACCUGAACUUCUUGUUCCACGGAACCCUUCAGCCGUGCGAGCCGCCUCCGAGGCAAAGCACGAAGAUGGCAACGCAGUUGCCAAGUGGACGCCCUGAGAUCUCCUGGCCGAGAGCCGUUUGGAAGAAUGUGUGCGCCCUGGCCGAGCUGCCCAUGUUCCAGGACCUACCGACGCACAUUGAAGAGGACCUCGAGUCCUGGAAGACGGUCUUGCAGGCUCCUUCCUCUGAAUCCUCCGCAACUGCAAGCUAUCCCGCGCCAUGGAGCGAGCUGGUGGGCUUCCAUCGCGUGCUCCUGGUCCGCGCGCUGCAGCCGGCGCUCACAAGCCGGGAGCUGCUGCUGUACUCCAUGGAGGUUUUGCGGGGACCCGACGCGGACGAUGAAGGCAUGGCGGUCGAGGCGCAGAUCCUGAUGCGCUGGACGGUCUGUGGCGUCAUGUUUGGAUGGGUGACCUUGCUACCUGUUCUGCUGGUGCAGCCCCACGAAGAAAGGCCCCGACAGCAGCUCUUCCGGCAGUUCCUCUUAAAGCCCUGCCUCUUUCUGCUGCCUCUUUGGAUGCUCCUCUGGCUCCUGGACUGUCUUCAGCUGCUCUUCAUGAUUCAGCUCAUCCAUCCCUUCUACUACUUUGCGUGUUGUCACACGCUCAUCCCAGCGGUGCUUGUGCGGUAUCUCUUUGCAAUGCAGGUGGCUGAUGAGCGCCUUGUGCUCGACCAGCGCAGCUCACGUGGCCUUGAGGGACGCCCUGUGACUGCGGUCCCUUCUGUGGUUGAAGACCCUGCGCCAGUGCUCCUCAAGGAACUGAUCACCCUGAACCCGGUUGCAAUGCUCGGGCUGGGGACCUGUGCGUCCAUCCCGAUCGUUGUUUGCUCGCUCUUCACAGUCUUCCAGACAGAGAGGGCCAAGCAUGCGCAGGGGUUUGUGAAUCUCAUCUACGGCUUGCUAACCGUCUUCCAGUUGGCAUCCCUGUAUCUCCUCUACCACCUCCGCUUCGCCCAACUGCCCGAGAUGUACCUUGCUGCCUUCUACUUCCUGGUCAGCAUUCCCUGCUUCGCGAUGUGGUGUGUUUGCUUGGCCUGCGCCAACCACUUUGCCAAGAAGGACUUGCAGCUCUGCCAAGAUCAGCGGCUCCACCGUGCAAAGCAGCUGCUGUCGAGCAACGACCAACCCGCCGGGUUGCUGGUCGACUGCACCGAGGCGAUCACACGCGAGUAUGAGCUGAUCUACACGGCAUGA